CAAACUCUGGUCAUAUAUCAGUAAAUUUCUAAACAGAAGUCCUGAAGAAAGCUUUGACAUUAAGGAAGUGAAAAAAUCUACACUUACUAAAGUUCACCUGCAACAGCCAACUUCUAGUCCUCAGGACAGCAGCAGCUUUGAAUCCAGAGGAAGUGAUGGUGGAAGCAUGCUUAAAGUUCUACCUUUGAAGACUAGUCUUACUCCAAGUUCUCAAGAUGAUAGCAACCAGGAAGAUGAUGGCCAAGAUAGCUCUCCAAAGUGGCCAGAUUCUGGUUCCAGUUCAGAAGAGGAAUGCACUACUAGUUAUUUAACAUUAUGCAAUGAGUAUGGGCAAGAAAAGAUUGAACCAGGAUCUCUGAAUGAGGAGCCCUUCACAAAGAAUGAAGAGAGUAGUGUGUAUACCAAAGCUGUGAAAAUUUUCCCCGCACACCUUGCUGCUGACAGUGACAGCCCCAGCACACAGCUGAUAGCUCAUGAGCUGAAGUUCUUCCCUGGAGAUGAUGACCCAGAAGCAGUUAGUUCUCCAAGAACAUCAGAUUCCCUCAGUAGAUCGAAAAACAGCCCCAUGGAAUUCUUUAGGAUAGACAGUAAGGACAGUACAAGCGAACUCCUGGGACUUGAUUUUGGAGAAAAACUGUAUAGUCUAAAGUCAGAACCUUUGAAACCAUUCUUUACUCUUCCAGAUGAAGAUAGCAUUUCCAGGAGUUUUAGUACUACUGAAAGCAAAGUAGAGUUUAAAGCUCAAGACACCAUUAGCAGGGGCUCAGAUGACUCAGUCCCAGUUAUUUCUUUUAAAGAGGCUGCUUUUGAUGAUGUCAGUAGUACUGAUGAAGGAAGACCUGAUCUUCUUGUAAAUCUACCUGGUGAAUUGGAGCCAACAAAAGAAGCUGCAGCAAUGGGACCUACUAAGUUUACACAGACUAAUAUAGGCAUAAUAGAAAGUAAACUAUUGGAAGCCCCUGAUGUUUUAUGCCUCAGGCUUAGUACUGAACAGUGCCAAGCACAUGAAGAAUGCACAGAGGCAUUGAGUGAUCCCUCUAGAUCCAAAUCCCAUAGUAUAACAGAGAAACACUAUGCACAGGAGGAUCUUGGGGUGUUAUUUGUAGCAGCUGUUGAUUGUAGUAGUUCAGGAGACAUGUCUUUGUUGCACAGCUCAGAUCCUAAGUUUCAGGGACUUGGAGUGGUUGGGUCAGCAGUAACUGCAAACACCACAGAAGAAGGCUUAUUCCAUAUUUCCAAUCCACUCUCAGGUGCUAAUGAAUAUAAUGCGAACACAGACACUUUAAAAACAGAAGAAGUAUUGUUGUUUACAGAUCACACUGAUGAUUUGGCCAAAGAGGAACCAACUUCUUUAUUUCAGAGAGACUCUGAGACUAAGGGACAAAGUGGGCUAGCACUAGAAGGAGACAAGGAAAUACAUCAGAUUUUUGAGGACCUUGAUAAAAAAUUAGCACUAAACUCCAGGUUUUACAUCCCAGAGGGCUGCAUUCAAAGAUGGGCAGCUGAAAUGGUGGUAGCCCUUGAUGCUUUACAUAGAGAGGGAAUUGUGUGCCGUGAUUUGAACCCAAACAACAUCUUAUUGAAUGAUAGAGGACACAUUCAGCUAACGUAUUUUAGCAGGUGGAGUGAGGUUGAAGAUUCCUGUGACAGCGAUGCCAUAGAGAGAAUGUACUGUGCCCCAGGUUAG